AUGGCUAAUUGUUUCGCAUGGAUAAGUCGGUCACGUUGUUGCCGACGACAACCAAAACAAACAUAUAUCUAUUUAUACAAUCCAAUUAUGCCUACAUCAUCAUCAUCAUCAUCAAAUCAUUGUUGUCUUGUUUGUAUUCUUUUUGGAUUUUGUCUCGCUAUUGUUGUUAUCCUAGCCUCUGUAGUCAUCUAUCAAUUAAAUAGCGGUUAUAUUGAUCCAAAACCAGAUCCCUGUGAAAAUUUUUAUGAAUUUGUAUGUGACAAAUGGAUGCAAAAAAGACAUAUUGAAGAAUUCAUUGAUAAAGAUGAUAGUGAACAAAAAUGGACAUAUAUACGACAUAAAAUUCAUGGGCAACUUAUGACAAAUAUGACAAAUCAAUUAAUAUCUACUGAAAGCGAUCACACAUCAUCCAUUUACCGAUUAUAUCAACUAUGUGAAACUCAAUCACCAGUAUUAUUACUUGAUGAACUUGAACGUUAUUUUACUAAUCUUACUCUACAAGAACCAUAUAGAUCACAUUUAACUUUAUACAAUCGAACAAAUAAAAUAUAUAUAAAUUCAACAUUAUCAUUAUUUCUUUUAUCAAAUCCAUUUUUUCAAAUUCUUCCUUCAUCAUCAUCAAAUACUUCUACUAUAAUUCGAAUAAAUCGUCGGCCAUUACCAUCGGUAAAAUCUAUUUUUUCAAAUUUAACAAUUUUAAAUCAAACAGCAUUAAAAAAUUUAAUCCAAUUUAAUAAUGAUUAUGAAAAAUUUUUAUCUGAAGAAAAAAUUCUUAUAAAAUCCUAUGAACAAGAAUAUAAUCAAGAUUCUUUGAUUAUAAGACGAAUAUUAUCUUUUACAAAUUAUCAUCAAUGUCUUUCAUCAUUAAAAUUCAAUACGAAUAAUGGUCUACAAAAUUUAAUUGAAUUAUUAAAUGAUUUCUUAUAUUCUCGUUUACAUGAUUUUAAAACACAAUCUAUUGAUAAACAAAUACGUGUAUUAGAUAAAAUAACAGAUAAUCAUACACUUGUUCAAGAUCUUCAACGUAUUAAAACUGAUUUAGAACAAAUUGAACAAAUUCUUACGUUGAAUAAUAGUAAUCAUUCAUGUAUUAUUGAUUUACUUGAAAUAUUACUAGAUAAACGAAUAAAAUCAAAUGAAUUACUAUCAACAAUUAAUCUUUAUUCCUUUAAUAAAACAACUGAAUAUUUUAUUUCAAAUGAUUGGCCAUUUUUAUUCAUGUUACACGAUCGAUUAUUAAAGAAAACUUCAAUAGAUACUUUAGUUAAUUUUGCUUAUUUUGAUAAUUAUAGAAAAUUUAAAUAUCCAUAUUAUCAACCAUAUGUUCAUCAUCAUACAAAUGAUAUUCAUAUAAACCAUUAUAAAGAAGAAUCUCAGAAUGGUUAUACGUACGAAACAAAUUACCCGAAUUUAUCAUGUCAGAUUAUUAGUUGUUUUGAUAUUUUAAAUUGUUAUCAUCCUUCAUUACUCAAUCAAUUAAUGAAUGAUCAUAAUCAGACAUCUCUUAAUAUAACAAAAAUCUUAGUACAAAAUCUUAUCGAUCGUUUUCGUUUAUUAACUGAAUUAUCUGAUCAUUUAUUUCCUAAUGAAAAAAAUUUAAUUUUUAACGAAUUAAAUCAAAUACAUAUUCAAAUCGGUCAUUACUCCUCAUCAUAUAAUAUAUCUAUAUUAAAUAAAUUUUCAUCCUAUCUUGAAUAUGUUCAAUAUUUAUCAUUAAUCCCAUAUGAUGAACAAGAACGUUCAUAUUAUAUUGAACCAAUUUAUUAUCCAUUAAAUCAUACAUUAUUUCUACCUUUUGGUUUUCUUUCUCGAUCAAAUAAAUCAAUUGAAUAUCAUAUAAUAAAACUUUUAUUAAAAAUUAUUCGUUCAAAUAUUCAAUCAAAUCCAUAUCAUAUUGAAUGUUCACUAAAAUCUUAUGAUGAUGAACAAGAUUUAUUAAAUAUAAAGAAACUUUUAACAAAUGAUGAAUCAAUUAUUUAUUUAUUAUUACGUACAAAUUUUCUUUCGGAACAAAAAAUAAUUCUUGAUGAAUAUUUAUGGCCAUUUAUGAGUGCAAAUUCAUUAAUGCAACGUUUUCUUAUUAAUUAUACAGCAUAUAAUUAUUGUAAUAAUUCAAAUGGUUAUGAAUUAUUUCAAAAUAAUACUUAUUUUAUAGAUGAUAUACAUUUAACUUUUCGUUGUCAACAAGCAAAUUUAAUAAAACAAUCGAAAUGUACUGUCAUUUAA